AUGGGAGAGAGGCUUAAGGGCUCUUGUUGUACAAGAGGAAUAGAGGGCUUGGGAGAGCUCUUGGAGAAGUGGCAGUUGCUGGUCCCUUUGCUUGGAGGUGGUGAGAUCUCUUUUGUAGUCCAAGUAGUGGUACUCCUUGAUUUGGGGAUUCUACAUGGCCUUCCCCUGAUUUGGGGCCUUGGGCAUUGA